GAAAAAUCGUCUCUCAGUUUCUUAGAUUUCCCUGACGUGAUCACUUUGCACUUCUCAAAGAUGAGGUUUCAAAAAAUUGCAUUGAAGUGCUGUGCAAUUUUCUGUUUAUUUGUUUCUGUUGUUGCAAAACCGCAAGGUUAUCCUGAGUACGAUAAUGAAAUAAGUCAGGAUUUCCAAAACCCCGCUGCACAUCACAAUAAUAAAAACUAUGACGAGCAUUUGGAAAUUUCGACACCAAUUACGAACUACCAAACAACACCGACAUCGGUGCCAGACACCACCACCGAGUACAAACUCCAGGCCGUUGCAAAUGCUUACACUUCGAAGAUGCCGAGGAGGGGUUCUGUCAGACACGUUGCUGGUACGAUUUAUUACACAAUUCACUCAGGAGAGUCAUCUCACGAACAAUUGAAAAGGGUUGUCAUGGAGAAAAUUAUAAAUCCUCAAACAAAACACACCGUUGCCAAUCUUGACUAUGUAAUAUAAACACAGAACCACGGUUUAUUUUCUAUAUAAUCUGAAUCAUUGCCAAAUUGAAAUAAUUUUUUUAUAUAAUCUGAAUCAUUGCAAAAUUGAAAUAAAUUUUUUUGACAAA